GUUAUCCAGGUCCAGAGUGCCGAUACGAGGCCUCAAUGGAGGAUGGGGCGAGCCUCCUCCUCGGUCCUUGUUGUGACACGGCCACCCUAUACCAGGCAAUAGCUGACCAAAUUGGAUGUGACGUGUCACAGCUCUGUUUUCAGCAAGACCCCCAUGGCCUUGCUCAGGGCAACUUUACCUUUGCCGGUAAAAAGGUUCAAGGUAUUGUGGCCGUGGCAACCAGAGGCACAGGACCUGUGGAAGCUAGCUUUACUUUUGUCGAUGCGAGAAGAGUUGGUAGGGGGAUCAGGGCCUUUCUGCGUAAUGUCUGGGUCGAGGCCUCCUCCAUCCUUCGUUGCGUAGACCCCAAAGUCCCACCUGGAUACUCUGUGUCGCUCUACACGCAAGCAUGCUCAGCGAAUGAGACAACUGUGCCUCCUUGGGAUUGGCAGGAAGUUUGCUUCAGGGCUGACAACGAUAAUCAGCUCGAAGACGCUAGUCCUCAGCCUGCGACUGUCUCAGCGGAGGCCACCACCCAAGUUGUUGCACCUACGGCAGCCUCAGGUGCAGCAGCUAGCGAUGCCAGCCCAAUAGGUAUAUAUGCUGCAAUAGCCAAUGGCCCACUUGACCCGGCACACCUGCCUGUUGAGCGUGCUACUGAUGCUGCCCCAGCCGAAGGCAUUUGGUUUCUCCUUUUUGCACCUGAUCGGAGACCAGAAACCAUAUGGAUCGCGGCGCAACCGCCUUACACUUGGGAUGAGGCGUCUGCUGCAAUCUCUGAUGCCAGAGACCCCUUGUGCAAGACUCUAUAUGAGUACGUGUGUCAAGUGCACCCUCAACCGAGUGCCGAGUUCGCCAGCCUAAUUUGUCUCCCCAAAUGGGCGCAACAUCGUACAGCCGUGUUGCUUGAUAGCCGUUCUUUUGAUGGUCGCCUGUACUGCCUGAUCAUUGACCCUUGGAUACAGUGGAUGUCCUUCCUUUUGUACACUGGUUUACCCGAUGUUGACACCCUCGUUGUCGUCGUCAAUGGCGUUGUUCGAACCCGGGGCAGGCCGCUUGUACUAAAGCAAGGUGAUCUGAUACAGGCCUUGGAGUACGGCGCAUCUAUCCCUCCCCUCCUCGACCUAGGUGACUUGAUGUUUGUAGGAGACCGGUGGGAGGCUGAUCCUCCCCUAGCCUUCUCCUCCUCUUUUUCCCACUUCUGGGUUCUGCAUGAGGGGGGCGCAAGAGGCAUCGAUGUAGAUUACCAUGCCAUAGAUAACGCUUACGGCUUUCAAGAGUUUGCCGCUGAUGCGCUGCAGUUUGCGCAGCACCGCACCUCCCUCAAGACAGCCUCCCCGCGCAUCGGCGAUGCCAUGUACAAGGGUAUCCUUUGCCGAGCUGUUGUGCUUGUAACUGAGUGCUUACCCACGCUCCCUGUCCCGCCUGCAAGGGUAACUGUGCCGCUAACUGUUGUGUUCCUUGACAUGCGGCCGGUUUUGCGAGGAUUUGAAUGGCGUAUCCUCGCGAGAGGCGAAACAGCCCUUGAUGUUUUUACGCAGGGCCUUCAUCUUGAGCCCCCGACGGGCCACCAUAUCCUUGUUCAAGGAGGAAGCCGUGCAGUCCGCAAAGGUGUGACGUUUCUACAAGCAGAGGAUAGGACUGUGCUCACUAUUUCAUAUGUUGAGCAAAAUGAAGUUCGGCCCGUUGAGGAAUCCGGUGCUGACGAUGACAGCUCUGGCCCCAGCACCGACUCAGGUUCAGACAAUGAUGGUGGCGAUCCUGACCGUACGGCUCGGAGCAUCCAUGAUGCCCCCAGAAGCCGAUCACCGCGUACCAGCCGGACCAAGCAUAGAAACAGAGGUAAUCGCACAGGCACGGACUCUGCGGCUGCUCCCUCCGUCGCAGCUGUUGCAAAGCUAGAAGCCGUGAUGCAGCUGCCGAUAACCGUCUAUGCUGAGAACCACGAGACCCUGUGCAGUGGUCCCUCCGGCGUCGGCUUGAGAUGCUCACAUACCCCUCCCGGUGACACCCAUAAGAUAGGCCAGGUUUGUGAACUUCAGGGAGUCGCUUGUAAAAUCCUCACCGAGCCGUCCCACAACUCCUUGCACAGCGAACGCACCAUUGCGUACCUCCGCUAUGUUGCUCCGCGCUUGGGUUUUCCUUGGCGCUACAUGACGCCUGCCAACGCCAUGUUCAUCGAGGAUGGUAGUGAAUCGGACUCUGAUAUAGAUACCAUACCCUCACCGCCACUUCGAGUUGGCUUCCGUAUCCUGGUCCCAGGUUAUGUCGCUGAGAAGGUCGAGGUUAGCCUAGUCUUCCCGACCACACUGCCUGAAGUCGUUUCCAUUGUUCAGGCUGCUCGAUGCAGAUCUCGUGCCCAAAACUUCCCGCGGCUCGUACCUGCGAGCCCUCAGCCUCUUGUUGGGGAUGGUGUUUUUCUAGCUUGCCCAUCAUGGUCCAUUGAGAUAGCAACCUCACGAACACAGGUCUGCAUCGACUGUUCCGAGCUUGAUGGCAGAGUUUACUCAGCCCUUCUACCACAAUAUGUUUGUGGUGCAAAUAUCCCUGAGCUUGUUAACCUGCCCAGUAACCUGGAAUACUCAGUUUUUGCGGGACCUUAUGGCGACCUAUUACAGUGGGAUAGUCAAUGCCACCUUGCUGUUGGGGACACCAUUUUCAUCCGGCCUGAGGACUCACCGCCCCCGACUGUGGUCCCUUUACAAGUUGCAUUGCUAGGAAGGCAACAUUGGGGCCGGAACCCCAGCAUGCCAGAACCAAAGUCCCAUGGUAUUUGCUGUACUGUUUUUGGGGCUGAUAACAUCCUGCACAUGAAUGUCAGGGAACAGCGCGUUAAUUUCAGGACGCAACUGGCUAAUGCCCUUGGCGUAUCCCAGUGCUCCAUGCGCAUCAUCUCGUCGUGCCCUCGAGUGCUUGAUGCGGCGAUAGAUGGAUUCCCCUGCCGUUCAGUGAUUUUAGUACAAGAGGGUACACCUCUCGGCAGCCCUAACCUGCACUGGGUACUCUUGGAUGCCCGGGCACUUUUCUUGGGAUGGCGAAGCCUCCCAGCACCUCGUGGGCAGCUUUCCUGCCGUAACACUGUUGAUGACCUACUGCGGGAAGUUGGUUCGGGAUGGCGGCUCUGGCUUAAGGACGUCCCUUUCAGUGCUGAUAUUCUCGAUACGCGUGAGGGGCAAGUUUUUGCCGUUGAAGUCAUCCAUGAGCGAAUCCUUCCACCUCAAGACGGUUCUGGAGCAGCAAACGAUGUGAUGGCAGCCCCUGUCACUGCAGCCUCCAAUCGCCCCGCCGAAGACUCCCAUACAGGUUCGGAUGUUGCUCCCAGUAGGGGAGCGUCCUCUGGACAACAUCCAGCUGAUAACAACGGAUCCGCGAACAGCGUGCGCAGUACCGACCAACGCACCACGCGGCCGGACAGCCGAGAUGCGGAGGUGCCCAGUUCAGAUGAUAGCCCAGCCUAUGCGGAAGUGCCAUUUCUGCUUUUGAAGCAGAACUACGACCAUGAGUGGGUCACUGUCCGACUGUAUCCCGGCGCUAUUAUAGCUAUAGACAGCCGGGCUUCCAAUGGUAGGCUGUUUGCGAUACAGGUGAUAGGUAAUGGUGACCUGAUUUUGAUUCAGUCGCGACAAGCUCCGCACCAUGCUGUCAGCAGUCUAGCCGAUAUGCUCCAGUGCCGCGACACCGACAACAUCAAGCCAGGCAUGUCAUUGCUGAUCAUGUCGGAAUACGUCAUCGAUAGUGUUGCCUCCCAUGGUUCCCAAGCCUUCUUUCUAGCAGCGACCCUCUUGGAGACGAUUUUUGAGCACUUUGCUGCUGGCAUUUUUUCCCCGCCCCUGGCGGACCAGACGAAGCAGCUUCGCUUGCAGGAGCACGUGCCACCGCCGUCUUUCAACUUGGAUGUAGAUCGAGUUCUGCUGCCACAUUCCAAGUCCUUGCUCAGCCGCCUGGUGCAACCAUGGCCCUCCAACUGGCUACUGCCCAGUGAUUGGGCCCGGGAAGAUCUGCCUUCUACAACCCAGGAUCAGCUCAAAGACACGGUCCCGUGGAAGCACUUCCUUAGCACUGCCCCGAGCGCAGAGCUUACCUUCACCCUUUUUACAGAUGGAUCAGAUAUCUCAUGGCUCGCGGUGGAGCAGGACGCCAGGAUGCAUCACGCUAUCCCCAUCUAUGAUGGGGCCCUUUAUGUAGAGCCACCGUAUGCAAGCGCGGAACCGCUUCGACCAGAGAACCUAGUCCCGGUAAUUGGUGGUGAAUGUGAGCAAGCUGUAGCUCCAGGACAAUGCUGCUGGACCCAACUUGCCACAAUCAAUGUGCAGAGUUUGCGGGGUAAAUGCAAGUACAUUGAGGAACAGCUGCACUAUCGAGCUGUAAAUGUUGCAUGCCUUCAGGAAACAAAGCUUGACGGCGGUACGAUCACCUCACAACAUUACCUCCGGUUACAUUCGUGCGCGGACUCACACUGGGGUGUAGCGGUUUGGGUGCACAAGCAGCUGGGGGUAUUAUGCAUAGACGAUGGGCCCCUUCAUGUAGAUGAACAUGAUGUAGCUGUCCUCCAUGAAAGCCCUCGACUGCUGGUCUUGCUCAUCACUAAGGGCCAGCUCAAGAUCGGCAUUCUAAGCGGCCACUGCCCACACUCCCAUAGGCCGGAAGAACGUGAUGCCUUCCUGACCAGUAUUGCACUGCCUCUCCGGCGCUUGAAGCAUGCACACCUCAUCCUGGGAGGCAUUGACCUCAAUGGCCGUAUUCCACCAAACUUUCAGGGUGUCAGCGGAUCCUUGGAAUUUGGCGAAGCGGAUGCCACAGGUUGGAAAUUCGCUAGUCUCCUAGCAGACAAUGGUAUCUGGGUACCGUCCCUGUAUACACAAUUGCAUUGUGGUGAGUCUGCCACAUAUACCCACCCCAGUGGUAAACAGCACCGCAUUGACUACACCUUGGUAGGACAUCUAGAUGCUAAUGGUCACACCCGAAAACUUCGUCGAGUGCGAUAUGACCGGGAUAGGAUUAUGACAGAUGAAGGCAAAGCGACUCGGAAGCGAGCCUCCUAUAUCCCGGAGCGGGUAUGGUCCCUCCGCACACAGAAGCUGGGCUUCAAGCGGCGAGUUCGCCACCGCUCACAACUGUGGAGAGACCUGACCUGCCGAGCCUUUCUCCAGUGGAAGGAGCAACAGGAUUAUGGGGUGCUUGCCCUGCUUGGAAAGCAGUGUAGGCUGUAUGAACUUGCAGCUGCGGCCGUGAAGUUUGCCACGAGAGUAAUCAAAAAAGAAAUCCUCGUGGCCAAAAGCGCUUUUCUCCAUCAAAUUGCAGGUGAGGGACAUCAAGGCGCGGCGAAAAUCCUCCAGAGAGUCAAACAGGCUGGCGUAGGGGGAAGUAAGUCGCGCCCUGUGUCACGUCCGCUCCCUUUGCUCAUGCACCCAUCUGAUGGCUCCACCGUCACUACCAGAAAGCAGCGCGAUGAAGUCUGGAUGCUCCACUUUGGAAAGCAGGAGCAAGGCCAAGCUAUCGCUAUACAUACCUUUUUAAAGGAGGCUGAGUAUAGUUGCUAUCAACCGGACCUUGAGUGGACUGCUGAUAUGCUCCCCACAUAUGCUGAUGUCGAAAAGGUCCUACGGCUGAUCCCCCGAAAUAAAGCCGCGGGCCUAGACAACAUCCCUGGUGAGGUGCUGAAGGCAGUGCCGGCCGAAGCGGCGAUCGUCCGGGAACUCGCCGUUGGAGACAUCCGCGCUGACUGUACGGUGGUCCGUCUCUUCGAGCGCUUUGGUCUAACGGGCGAAGACCUACACGACCUCCUAACCACAGUUGAGUCAGGAGGCAUGCUCGCCCAAGCGGGCGCGCCGGAUGCGCUGCGACAAGUUGUGAAGGAUAUUCACCUUCAUACCUGGUUUGUCUCGAGAUUUUCGGACGGCACGCAGGUUUGUAGUAGUUUGGCGGGCAGCCGCCCAGGUGAGAGUUGGGCCGAUCCCAUCUAUGCCUACAUCUAUGGCCGUGUGCUCUCCAAAAUUCAUGAAUACGCUGUUGCAGAAGACCUUACCUUCCAGGUCUCAUAUGACCCCACCUCUGGAGUAUUCCCGACCGGGGACGGUGUAGAUUCGGUCCCUGCCACUGAUGCGACGUGGGCGGAUGACUCUGCCUUUCCGCUCAUUGCCGAUAAUCCAGAAGGUUUGAUGCGGAAAACCCAGAGAUUGUGCACUUUGGUUAUCAGCUUCUGUGAGGGCCACGGAAUGGCUCCCAAUCUGAAGCCUGGUAAGACCAGUGUAAUGAUAAGUCUGCGAGGAAAAGGUCAUAAGAAGGUUAGGCAGGCCUUUUUCCCCCAGGGAACACAGCAGCUCUUGCUGCCAGACCUAGGAGUGAGCAUAGUGGUUACGGAUCACUAUAAGCAUCUGGGCGGUUUUGUUGACUGCAAACUUGCCAUGCGACAUGAAGUUCGACACCGCCUGGCGCAAGCAUCCAGCUCCUAUGACUCGGCGAAGACUCUUCUUCUUGGAAGCUCCAAGCUUGCACUUGCCACUCGAGCAGCAUUGUUCGAAUCUGCAGUGACCCCGACCUUUUUUAAUAUUGGUCUUUGGGUACCGAAGGGACAGGCCUGGGACUCCCUCUGCAAUGGAUAUUCCAAACUAGUUAGACGGUUGUUAGUGCCCAACGUUGGGGCGCACCGAGCCUUCCAUGCAGGACCACCCUUACUCUGGGCCAUGCUCCAGGAGGAGACCACAUGGCUGGAGGCGAUACGGGAAGAUUUAAGGCCUUCCGCAGACGAGUGA